UGUCUUGGAUUGCUUAAUAAAUAAUUUAGAGAUAACGUGUCAGGAAGUAUUUCAAUAGAGAAAUUGUAUAAUAGUUUUGGAAUGUAUAAAUUUGUGCAUGAUAGGAUAAUUUUUAUGGCAAUUUAGGAUACUUUGAUUUGUCUUGUAGAAGAUGGGAUAUAUGGCUAUUUUGGUUUUUUUGAACACCCCUACCUAUUGAUGCAUGGAAAAAUCUCAGCUUUUUGUUUUCCAAUUAUCAGUGGACUUAUUAUGGGUCAACCUGCGCAGAGGCCGCCUCGUGGGGUUCGUGCCGUGUGCCCACUUGCUCUUGUUCUCUCACCAACUAGGGAGAUAUCAAUGCAGAUACAUGAAGAGGCUAAGAAGGUUGCAUGCCAGACCGGGGUGAGGGUGGUUGUUGCUUAUGGCAGAGCUCCAGUUAACCAGCAGGUGAAGAUUUAAAGCUAUUUUGUUGUUGAAGGUGGAAUCUUGGCAAUUUAGUGGACUCAAUUUCUUAAUGUUUUUUGAGAUUGUUAUGUAUGACAUAAUAUGUCUAUUUUAAAUGUUAGUAAGAUAAUGUUUUCCACUACUAAGUAAAAAUAUUCUACACUGCACUAUGGUGAACAUUGUUUAACUAUUGGUUUAUCGUUGUAAGACUUUUAUGUAAAUUUUUAAUAUAUACGAUGAACACCUUUUAUUUUA